CUACGACUACACCAUUCACUCACUGCUGUCAGCAAAGUACCUCCUCUAUAUCUGUAAGAAGAAAAGUCAACCAAGUGUCCUUUACCUUGAUCUGGACUUGGUCGUUCCGUACCGUUUGGAAUCCAAGUGUCAGGCUCGUUCGUACCCAUCGCAUAUCUCCCGUAAUUUCCGUGAAUAUUCGUUCGUUCCUCUCGAUAAACGUACACAUACAUAUUCACACGCAAACACAAACACAUUUACGAACGUAUUCCCACGCAUCAUAAAGAAAGUCCUUGGAAGAAUUGGGGAGUGGACACACGAUGAGUACGUCGGAAGUUACUGCAUCGGACGAAGAUCAAAUGGCCUUUGCAGCCGAAGCCGCGGCCAACGCAUUGUCGGAGAAUGAUGCCAUUGGGGAAAGCUCAUCUUUACCACACGACGACGAAGACGAUCAUGAUGACAACGACGAUGAUGACAAUGUCAAUCUCGAAGACGACGAUGAUGACGCGAUACUGAAGAACGGCAAUGCGCACCAUUUGCACGAUACCGGGGAGGACUACCACGAAGACGAGGACCUUGGGGAUCCGCAGCCCCUGCAUCUCCAGCAACAUGCGCAACUUCCCCAUUUUCUGGAGAGCAACAUAUCUGACGCAACGCUGUCUUCGAAUACGGAUACUACUGAUCGCAAUACGAAUGCGAAUACGCCUGCGACUGUAACUCACACAAGCACUACGGAUCAUUCCUCUCCGUACGAUAUCGAGUCGCACCCCGACGUCGAGCAUCACGUGGAUGACCUCAGUCACACUCCGGAACCCCACCAGCCACUCGUCUGUCGAAUUUGCGGACGUGCCGAUGAAGAGGGACGCCCCUUGCUACGAUUCUUGCCCGUCGAACACGAUCCCGCCGCCGCCAUUGCCGCACCGGCGGUGCUCACCUUUCGGGACGACAUUGCUCUUCAUCUCUUUUGCGGGAAAACCGCAUCCAUUCUACCACACGUACAGCAACCCGAACUCGAAAUUCUUACCAAGGCUGGCUUGAAGAACAAACACGGCAUUGGUCCCGAAGUCAACGCAGCCUUGGCCAGGACACGCUGUGCGAUCCUCGCACCCGAGGGGGCCAAAGAAAAGCACUUUUACCUCGUCCGUGAAUUCGAAGCCCAUCUCGCCGCCAUUCGUCAUACACACAUCGCCUUUCUCACCGAAGCCAACGGCGCCAUGUCCAACGGAAAUCAUGAUCCCUUUGCCAUGUCCAACGAUUUUGUGUCGCACAAUACACUCCCCCACCAUCAGCCGCAUCAUCAUCAUCACGCAUCCUUGUUGGCGCAUCACGCGGCCAUGCAACCCCGACAUCCACCACCACACACGCAUCACGAAGACUAUAAUCCUACCCUGACAGCGUCGGCCGAACACCAAUCGUCUUCCGUCUUGGACUACGCCACCGCCCCUGCUCCACCGCAGCACCAUUCCAAAAUCGCCCCCCUCCGCGCCACGGCUGGACAGUACCAAAAGCCUUCGCCACCCCGCAAAAGCUCUGGACAACCACAUCCAGCAUACGCCCACCAUCAAUCCGUCCGCUCGUUACUCAUGGAAGACGAAACGACCAUGCCCUACGACGCCGAACUGACGCCCGACGGGAGGGUGCGCUGUGGAUGCGGAGGAUUACACUGGCCUGUCGAGUCCGGUCGAGGCGCUCAAAGCUGGAGGAACCAUAUUCUCACCAAACGCCACCAAAAAUGGAUGGAAGACAACGGUCUGCUUGGAGUCGUAUAA